AUGAAUGAAGAAAGCAUUGCAUGGAAAUUAGCUCAAGUUGCUAUGAAAGCUGGGCAGCCAAAUGAUGCUAUUUUGUAUAUUAAGCAAGCUUUGAAAACAAAAACUGAUUUAACAAAAGAAGAAAUCGACUUUUUCGCACAUACAUAUAAAAAAGCAAUUAAUUCUCCGAGAAAUGCACUUGUAGCAAUGGAUAACCAACUUCAAUUACAAUCACCGGAUGUAUUAAAGGCUAUAGAAGAGCAUAGGGCCGUACUUAUUGAAGAAAUAACGAACAUUUGUCAAGAUAUAUUAAACAUAAUAGACUCAACUUUAAUACCUACUACAUCCAAUGGUAAAUGUAUUAUCUAUUUAAAUAAGCUAAAAGGCGAUUAUUACCGUUAUUUAGCAGAAUAUGCAAGUUCUAAAGAAAUCCAAGAAGGCCACGCUAGCCGUGCAAAGACAUGCUAUGAAGCAGCACUGUUAUCUGUGAAUGAUGAAAUGGUUGUAUCAGAUCCACUAAAUCUAGGACUAAUUCUCAAUUAUGCAGUCUUUCAAUAUGAAAUAUUAAACCUACACGACGAUGCAAUUGAUAAACUUGAUACAGCAUUUAAUGAGGCAAUAAGAUUUUUAGAAGAAUUGCCAGAAGAUCAAUAUAAUGAAGCUGCUAUCAUGUUACAGCUAAUGAGAGAUAAUUUAUCACUUUGGAAGGAGCAAAGAGCUGAAGAAAUCAAAAUCGAAACUUCAAAAUAA